AUGGUCAAGCUUGAUUAUAACGUAUUGUCCAUAGCGCCGAGCGGUCUCAAUCCAGUAGGAGACUGGGAAUUAGAUUUGAGAGGGCUACGGAUACCGCGUAUUGAGAACCUGGCUAUAACAAAAGACCAACAUGACUCAAUCGACUUUACAGACAACGACAUACGCCGUCUCGAAAACAUACCGCCCUUCCAUCGUCUAACCCACCUACACCUCGCCAAUAACCGCAUCUCACGUAUCGACCCCGAUAUAUCAAAAUCAGUGCCGAAUCUAACCACACUAGUCCUAUCCAACAACCAGUUGGCCGAAUUGGGUGAUUUGGAUGCAUUGGCUGGAUGUAAGAAACUGGAAUUCUUGAGCUUGUUGGAAAAUCCGGUGAAUACGAGACGCCAUUAUCGACAUUAUGUGAUUAUGAAGUGUCCUAGUGUGAGGGUGUUGGAUUAUAGGCGUAUUACUGAUAAGGAACGCCAAGAAUCAAAAGUAACCUUCCAAGGCACAACAGGAGAAGCACUAGCAACAUCUCUAUCAAACCAAAAGUCAAACAAUACAUUUGAACCAGGUGAUGUCAAUGCACCUAAAAAGGAAGCACAGAUAUAUCAGCCAUUGUCUGGAGAAGAAGCAGAUCGUAUUCGGGCGGCUAUUAAUGCAGCUUCGGAUCUUGAAGAGAUUGAACGGCUUUCAAGAAUCUUAGCAACUGGCCAUGUGCCUGAUGAUAAGGAUAAAAAGGGGAGUGCUGCGGCUGCUGCUGCAACUACUGAUGGUGGUGAUGUGGAGAUGGAAGAGGAUUGA